CUUCACGAAAUUCGGAAACUGGUUUUAAUAUAUUUAGUAUUGGUGAAAAUGAACCACAGGAGUAUAGUGAAACAAAUGAAUCAAAAAGAGGUCGACCAGAUGAUAUGCACAUGCAUCUUGCUCGACAAUGUUUAAAUGUUUCUGACGAAAUUAAAUAUUUUUGGAGAGAUUUUAUUGCUGAAGAAAAAACUUCAAUACGAAAAAAAACAAAACAUAAUCAAUCUGAUAUUACAAUUCAUUUUUCAAAAGUUGAACCACUUUCUGAAACACGA